AUGUUUCAGACCAGCCUGACCCUGGAGGGCAUCGUGUAUGUGGUCGACAGCUGCUACGUGAAGCAGCGCGCCUUCAACCCCGCCAUCGGCCUGGAGUCCUUGCUUGUCGCACCCACUUCCAAGGCAUCCGCCACGCAGCGCGCCGGCCGCGCGGGCCGCGUGCGCCCGGGGCACUGCUUCCGUCUGUGCACCGAGGACGCGUUUGCUACGCUGCUGCCCGCGGCCAGCACGCCCGAGAUGCAGCGAUCGGACCUGGCCGGCAUGCUGCUGCAGCUCAAGGCCAUGGGCAUCGACAACGUGAUGCGCUUCGACUGGCUGGCGCCGCCGCCCGCGGAGGCGGUGGUGCGGGGGCUGGAGCUGCUGCACGCGCUGGGAGCCCUGGACGGCGACGCCAAGCUGUCUAAAGACACUGGGAUCCCCCUGGCCUCCCUCCCCCUCGACCCGCCCCUUGCCGCCGCCCUCCUCGCCGCCUGCCGCCGCCACGGCUGCGCCGACCAUCUGCUGCUCCUCGCCGGCCUGCUGUCUGUGCCGUCAGUCUGGGGCCACGCCGGCGGCGGGGGCCUGCGGGCGCGGGACGCGGCGGUCGCCAAGUUUGCGGCGGCGGAGGGUGACAUGGUGACGUACCUGAACGCCCACAGGGCGUGGGCAGAAAACGGGCGGUCGCAAAAGUGGGCCAACCGCCACUUUGUGCACCACCACCACAUGCGGCGCGCCGAGGAGGUCGCCAAGCAGCUGCGCGCCCGCCUCUCCCGCCUCGGCCUGCUGCCGCGCGGCGCGGCGGAGGCGGCGUUCGACCUGCAGUCGUUCCUCGCCGCGAUUGCCGCGGGCAUGUUCUUCAACGCAGCGAGGUUUGCGCGGACGGACUACGACCCGCGGGCCGCCAACGACGCCGGCACCCAUGUGUACCGCCUGCUGCGGCACACAAAGCAGGACGCGCCGCUGCAGCUGCGCAUCCACUCCUCGUCCGUGCUGUGGCGCGUGCGGCCGGAGCUGGUGAUAUUCCACCGCUGCCAGCAGGGGGACGAGGGGUGGUACGAGAUGCAGGGCGUCACCGCGGUGACACAGGAGGCGCUGGCGGAGGCCGCGCCCCACUUUUGCCGGCUGCGGCGGUGA